AUGCUACAACCUACUGAUAUUGUCAUUGCAAAGGUGAAAGGCUAUCCACCAUGGCCCGCAAUGGUGAUACCGUUCGAGAUCAUACCGCAACAGGUUUUAACGAAGAAUAGAUCUAAACUUCCCGAUGACUCAGAUACGGACUCUGAUGGUGCUGAAUAUAUUGAGUACUCGCCUAUGCUUACUUUUAAGAAAUUUACGCAUGAGUUGACGAAUUACUGCGUGAAGUUUUUCCAUGACGAUUCCUACAUCUGGCUGAACCCACGCAACUUGCAUGAGUUGACGUUACCGCAGGUUGAGUCAUUCUUGGCCAAGGCCAAUAGUAAAACUUCGAAGAACUUGGUUGCGGCAUACGAAAUGGCAAAGCAGGGCUUGACUACAGGGAUCGAUGUAUGGGAGUUUGUAGAGUACGGAUCAGAAGGAAAACCGGAUGAUGAAGAUUACACAGAAGGCGAAAACGACGAUGAGGAAGAGUAUGCAGAGGAAACUAACUCUUCGUGGGAAAAAGCACCAAAGAGGAAGGCAACGAGAAGUAGUACAAGAACUAGUGCCAAAAAAAUUAAAGUUACUAAAAGAUCAACAAGAUCGCGUAGUAAAGCAUCAAGCAAGAAUGACGAUAAUGAAGACGAUAAUGACCUUGAUUCUGCAGAUAACAACGAACUUUUGUCGGAUAUCAAUGAUGAAGACUCUUCGGAAGAACCUGUUCCAACAAAGAAAAGUAAAAACUCAAGUAAAAACUCCAAUAAAACUAAAGCGAAAUCAAAUGGUGGUUCAAAGGCUAAAGCUAGCGUAACUACUACUUCCAAAUCAAAAGCCGCCGUGGCUAAACCUAAUAAACCUAAACCUAAACCUAAACCAGAAAUAUACCACUAUGAGGACGAUAUCGAUUGGAAAAUAGUAGGAUUGGGCCCUCAAGAUCUUGAUUUAGACUCUCAUCCUUCAUUCGUGUCAAAACUUUUAACAAAGAAAAACCUUGAAAUUCACAACGAUCUAAAACUGGAAUUAAAAGACAGGCUCUCCGCAGUGAACAAAAUGCUUAUAGAAUACACACUAGAUAAAAAUGAUGACCCAGAUCUAGUUCAACUGAUAAUUGAUGAGCUUUCCAUUUGCCUUUCUUUGAAAGGAAACCACGAUGAACUAUGGACGGUUUUCCUCUCCAACUCCGAACUCUUACUGAACUAUCGUAUUUUACUCAAUCUUAAAAGACAAGAGUUGGAAGAGGUGGACGCCCUAGACAAGUUCCUAGAAACUUAUGAAGAAAUUUACGACCAUCCAUUCCAAUUUGACUCUCAAAAAUGGGAUAGAAACGCCCAGAUUAUAAAAACAGAAGAAAAACCCAAGGAAAAUGGAGAAGGAGAAGUAUCGUCUGUUUCUGCUUCUGUAUAA